CCUCCAGCAGCCUCGGGAUCCUGCUUGCCCUUGCACGGACCCCCCUUCCAGGAAGCCUUCCCGGACUCCGCGUCCUCGUCGCCCGGCGCCUGAGGGGCUGGGCAGGUGCCGAGCCUGCGGCACGGCCGCCCCGUGACGGAGCUCCCUGCGGAGAUGACAGUCUAUCUGCUAUUACCUUUGACUCUGACUUUGAGACGAAAGCAAAAAGGAAAAGUUUCCACAAACCUCCUCCCACAUCACCAAAGUCACCUUAUUACACUAAGCCAAGAAAAGUGGCAUCCUGGAGAUCUCUGAGGACAGCAGCGACUAUGCCUCUCAGUAAUCGAAUGUCCUUAACCCCACAGAAGCUGUGGCUGGGAAACUCAAAGCAAGGAAGUCUGACCCAACCCCUGAAGUCAGACCUCACCUUGGAGCAUGCAUGGACCAACCCCCCCAGCUGCACUCCUGACUAUCUGACAGAAGCUUUAAGAAUGAAGAGGUCAAAUCUCAGGCGUUCUGCCAGCAAUGGUCAUGUCCCUGGGACCCCUGUCUACAGAGAGAAAGAAGACAUGUAUGACGAGAUCAUUGAAUUGAAGAAGUCAUUACACACGCAGAAAAGUGAUGUGGAUCUGAUGAGAACAAAACUCCGGCGCUUAGAAGAGGAAAAUAACAGAAAGGAUCGGCAGAUAGAACAGCUGUUGGAUCCAUCCCGAGGCCCGGAUUUUGUUCGGACUCUGGCAGAGAAAAGGCCUGACACUGGCUGGGUUAUUAAUGGGUUGAAGCAGAGAAUUCUCAAGCUGGAGCAGCAGUGCAAGGACAAAGACAGCACUAUCAACAAAUUGCAGACUGACAUGAAGACCACUAACCUGGAAGAGAUGAGGAUUGCCAUGGAGACCUAUUACGAGGAGAUUCACCGUCUCCAGACUCUCUUGGCAAGUUCUGAAACGACGGGAAAGAAGCCUCCAGGAGAGAAGAAAACAGGCCCCAAAAGGCAGAAAAAAGUGAGCAGUGCCCUGUUAAGCCUGUCCAGGAGUGUGCAGGAGCUCACAGAGGAGAACCAGAGCCUAAAGGAGGACCUGGACCGCAUGCUGAGCAACUCUCCCACCUGCUCCAAAAUGAAAGGUUAUGUGGAGUGGAGCAAGCCCCGGUUGCUCAGACGGAUUGCAGAGCUGGAAAAAAAAAUCAGCUCGAUGGAAAGCCCCAAGUCACACUCAGAAGGGGUCAAGUCCAACGUGCUGGCUCACUCUGCCUCAUGCUCCACUGUGCCCAAGCAGCCGCAUCCCGACCGCCAGGAGGACACCGAGCGCCUCCGGGGGGCAGUGAAGAGCCUGAGAGGCGAGCGGAGCGCCCUGCAGACCCAGCUGCUGGAGAAAGAUUUAGAGGUAAAGCAGCUACUACAGACAAAGGCUGAUUUGCAGAAGGAGCUGGAAAGUGUGAAGGAAGGUGAGAAGGAAAGGAGAGAGAGAGAGGAAGCUUUGAGAGAGGAAAUUCGAAUACUCACCAAGAAAUUACAAGAAUUGGAAGAAACCAAGACAGAUGAGAAAGAGGGUCCCGUGGAGUGGACUCCUGAGAUCCAAGAAGAACCCCAAGCCCUCCAGUCCCACAGAAACCCCAUUCUGCAAGACUUUGGACCAGAUAUAAGUGAGGGGGGCUUCUCCCGGCCACCCUCCUCCUGCUCUGAAGGGAGAAGAGACGCAGCUGCCAGGACUCUGCAGACCCGCUGGAAGGUGUACAAACACAAGAAAAAAAAAGCUGUUUUGGAUGAGGCAGCUGUUGUGCUUCAGGCAGCUUUCAGGGGACAUCUAACACGGGCAAGGCUAUUGACAAGCACAGCAAGUGGUUCAGAAGCUUCCAGCAUGCCCUGCCUUCCUGACCAGAACACCCCCUCGCCCCGUAUGCCAAGUCCCCUUGACCAGGCUGAGGAUGACCCAGAGCAAGAGGAGGCCAUUACCAUCAUCCAGUCUGUUCUCCGGGCACACCUGGCUCGGACCAGGCACAGUGUUGCCAGUAAGGGAACCGGCACUGCUGCUGCGACUAAGAGACCUGUGUCAGCUGCGCGUGACAGGACCUCCUCCCCACCCUGCCCGGCAGCUGUUCCUGGGAAGGAAGACAGUGAAGCGAGCAGCUGGGAGACCAUGGGGGGACCAGCUACUGAGGAAGAAGUGCCAAGGCCUUGGGGACCAGGGAGCCCCACCACCCUGCAGCCCUGCCCUGUGGCGUCCUCUCUCUCAGGGCCACCUACAGAUGAUGUCAGCUCCGAUGACUCGGACGAGAUUAUCUUUGCUCCGUCUCUGCCUAUGAAGAAAAGCACCUCCCCGCCCUAGACCCCUGCACAUGCCCCGCCGUGGCGAUGGCUCUAGCGGAGGAGGUUGGGGCUGAGAGGACAAAGCACUUGUAGAAGACAUAAUAACUAUAAAUGAAAAAUAAUUUAUCUUGUUAGGAAAAGAACGGUACAUACUUACCACCAGAACAUCUUAAUGGGUUUUUCUCUUUUGUUUUGCUUGUUUAAGGAAUCCCAAAUGCCUUUAUUCUCUGGCCAGGGUCAGGGGCCCAUCUCCAGCUGCAGUUCACCCUGGGGUUUCAGUUCCAGGCAGACACAGCUGCCCGGAAUUGUGGGGGCAGCCAGGGAGCCCUGCAGAGACACAUUCUCUUGUAGCAACAGACUGGCUGUCUUUGGCCUUGACUUGGGAAGAGCUGCUCCGUUAGGAUCCAGCACUGACCUCAUCACCUUCCUCAUCCUCGUUGACAUCUACUCCACCAGGAUUUGCUCCCAUCUCCACCUAGUAGGUCCAGCCAGACCCGCUGAGCCAUACCUUUUGGAAGAGCAAGAGAUGACACAGGCCUGCAGUGGGCGAUACCACAAACCGGCAGUAACAGAAGUGGAAUCUCUGGACCUUGGCUGUGUCGGCAGAACCACGCCUUCUACCCUGACCCUGCUGGCGUCCCUCCGUGCAGAGCUGGGAGUCGUGGCAUCCUGACGGGGCCACACCGGGCUGCCAAUGCCCUCUCCUCACAGCAGUGCUGCCCGUGGGCUCCAGGGGCACACGCAGGAUGCACAGGAAGCUGACAUGUUCUGCAGCCCUUGGUUCACACCCAUCUACCAGAUGCCAACUGAGGAGAAAAUGCAGGAGGGGCCCUACUGGCAGGAGGGCCUGGAGCAGGGCAGACAGGCUGCCUGGACACUUGUAGGAAGACACUGGGGCCAAAGCUAAAGAGCAUGGGAGGGGUGCAUGUUUGGGGGCAGACUAGGGAGCUGCUCUGCUGUGGGUUUCUGCGCAGGGUGACCCCAAAGCAGGGCUGAGGCUGGAAGGUGGGAGCCAGCAGCAGGUUCAGUGAGGAGGGCUGCCAAGACCGCGUGACCUCCAGGUCUCCUGACCAGUGGGGUGCUCUUAGCAGUGCUCAGCUGACCGGGGCUACCUUCAGGCAACAGCCUGGUGAUUGGACGGAGCCGCUUCACCCGUUAGGGUUUUGUUGGCUCGUUCACAUGUGCGUUGAGAGACCCUAGAAUAGACAGAUGGUCUGAGCACGCCUUGACUACUGACAAGGGGAAAGAGGGCCACUCUCUAGUCAGACGGACCAGAAGCCCUUACCCUGGCUGAGACCAGUUGCGUUAGUGAAAAGCAGACCAGCCUAGCUCAUCUGUCCAGGAUGCAGACAGCAGAGCAGAGCUUAAUUUUUUAGGAAAUAAAUAACCUCUGCAAAGCCCGCUAACCAUCAAGGUUUGAGUGAAGUGUGACCGCCACCAUGACCUGUCUAAGCGAAUGCAAAACCCUCCUUUGGCCUUGGAGGCCAUGUUUGCUCUCAGAUGACCCAGACCUGCUGAGCAGCAGAUUGCUGACCUGCUAUGUGUCCGGGCCGGCUACUCCAGGCUCCCACACACCAAGUUCUCGAAGGUCUGUUAGCAGUCGACACCCCAGGGAAGCAUCCUUAAAACUGAGAAGUGAUGCCAAGAAGUUGAACAGUGAAACCAGGUGGCUCACAGAGGAAGAAGUGGAUCGGCUGGUCUUUGACAUAUUUACUUAGAAUAAUUCUACCUUUAUACAUAAUUUAUACAUGAAUCUUUUGGAAGGGAUAGCUUUUCACUCUAUGCUACUCAUUAUUGGCCUUUGUAAAUAAAAGUUGUUUU